UUAGCGGGCGGACCGCAGCGGCGGCAUGGCGGGCCGGCGGGUGAACGUGAACGUGGGCGUCCUGGGCCACAUCGACAGCGGCAAGACGGCGCUGGCGCGCGCGCUUAGCACCACAGCCUCCACCGCCGCCUUCGACAAGCAGCCGCAGAGCCGCGAGCGCGGCAUCACGCUCGACCUGGGCUUCUCGUGCUUCUCGGUGCCGCUGCCCGCGCGCCUGCGGCCGGCGCCGCUGGGGGCCGAGCCCGAGCCCGGGGCCGAGCCGCGGCUGCAGGUCACGCUGGUCGACUGCCCCGGGCACGCCUCCCUCAUCCGGACCAUCAUCGGCGGGGCCCAGAUCAUCGAUCUGAUGAUGCUGGUCAUUGACGUGACCAAGGGGAUGCAGACCCAGUCGGCCGAGUGCCUUGUGAUCGGGCAGAUCGCCUGCCAGAAGCUGGUGGUGGUGCUGAACAAGACGGACCUCCUCCCCGAGGGGAAGAGACAGGCGGCGGUCGAUAAGAUGACCAAGAAGAUGCAGAAGACCCUAGAGAACACCAAGUUCCGAGGUGCACCCAUCAUACCCGUGGCGGCCAGGCCUGGGGGACCAGACGCCCCCGAGACGGAAGCUCCACAGGGCAUCCCAGAGCUCAUUGAGCUCCUGACGUCCCAGAUUUCCAUCCCACGGAGAGACCCCUCGGGACCGUUCCUCAUGGCUGUGGACCACUGCUUCUCCAUCAAAGGCCAAGGCACUGUGAUGACAGGGACCAUCCUCUCAGGCUCCGUCAGCCUCGGGGACAGUGUGGAGAUCCCCACCCUCAAGGUGGUGAGGAAGGUGAAGUCCAUGCAGAUGUUCCACACACCCGUCACCUCUGCCGUGCAGGGGGACCGGCUGGGCAUCUGCGUCACCCAGUUCGACCCCAGGCUGCUGGAGCGCGGCCUGGUGUGCGCCCCCGAGUCCCUGCACACGGUCCACGCGGCCAUCAUCUCCGUGGAGAAGAUCCCGUAUUUCCGGGGGUGCCUGCAGACCAAGGCCAAGUUCCACAUCACCGUGGGCCACGAGACGGUCAUGGGCCGGGUGAUGUUCUUCAGCCCCGCCCCCGACGGCUUCGACCGGGAGCCCGUGCUGGACUCCUUCGACUUCUCCCAGGAGUACCUCUUCCAGGAGCAGUACCUGUGCCCGGGCUCGGGGCCGGCCGAGACGGACGGCGGUGAGGCCGACCGGAGGGCGGGCCAGGCCUCCGAGGGCCGCUGCCCCCGGCAGCAGUGGGCCCUCGUGGAAUUCGAGAAGCCCGUCACCUGCCCGCGGCUGUGCCUGGUGAUCGGCUCCAGGCUGGACGCAGACAUCCACGCCAACACGUGCCGGCUGGCCUUCCACGGCGUCCUGCUCCACGGGCUGGAGGACAAGAACUACGCCGAGAGCGCCCUGCCCGGGCUUCGCGUGUACAAGCUGAAGCACAAGCACGGCGUCGUGGAGCGGGUGACGGACGACUACAGUGUGAUCGGCCGCUCCCUGUUCAGAAAGGAGACCAACAUCCAGCUCUUCGUGGGGCUCAAGGUGCGCCUGUCCACCGGGGAGCUGGGGGUCAUUGCCGGCGCCUUCGGCCAGAGUGGCAAGUUCAAGGUCCACAUCCCUGGUGGCCUCAGCCCCGAGUCCAAGAGGAUCUUGACACCCGCCCUCAGGAAGCGGGGCCGCGCCGGCCGAGGGGAGGAGGCCGAGCAGCCGGAGCCCGUCCAGCACGUGGCUCUCAGCUUGUCUUUCAAGCGCUACGUCUUCGACGCCCUCAAGCGCAUGGUCCAGUCGCCCUGAGUGCCCGCCGGCCGCCCCAGGGCACCUUUGCCCAGGCCCGGGGGCCGCAGUGCCACACGUGCCUCCGCCUCCAGGCUCUCCCUGGAGCCCCCGCACCCCCCACCAGGGGACAGCACCGUGCAGGAACGGGCUUCGGCUCCACAGCCCGCGGCCAGGGUCUCCCAGGCUGCCCGGCUGGCGGCCGCCGCCUGCCAGCUGCAAAUAAAUGUCCCGUGGCG